CCCCAUCCCAAGAAACACAAAUUUUAGUUGUCAAAAAAAGUCAUCACCUGAAGCUGCAAAAAACUUCCAUUCCCUAUUUUUAUUCGCAUUUUUGCGGCAAAACUGACAAAAUUGCAGCACAGGAUUCACCGUGAAUCCCUUCCAGGAGCAUCUGUAGCAUAAAUUGUCUGAUAACAGCUUGUGCAAUGCUAUCGGAAGCGAAAAAAGGUUAGCUUCUCGAAGGUGAAUUCCGGAAGUGAAGCAACUCUUCUUCUGCUCUCUCUCCAUUUCUUCGCGGCUGCACGACAAAGGACAAGUGAAAUGGGUUUCGAUUUGACCCGCUUUCAGGGGGAAGUCGAUGAGGAACUGAUCUGUCCCAUUUGUUCGGGUGUUCUCGAGGAGCCUCUUCAGGCUGGAGUCUGCGAACAUGCCUUCUGCAGAGCCUGCAUCACAGAGUGGCUUUCGAGACAGCCCACAUGCCCCGUAGAUCGGAAUGCAAUCACAACAGCCAAUCUGCGUUCGGUUCCGCGUAUCCUCAGGAAUCUUCUCUCGAGGUUAUGCAUCGCCUGUGACAAUGCCAUGUACGGAUGCACGCUGGUGCUGAAACUGGACAGCCUAGCACUGCAUCUGGGUGAGUGUGAGUACAAUCCCAAGAGGCCGUUGCCAUGUGAAAAGGGUUGCGGUUUUGUGAUUCCCAAGGAUGAAUACAAGGAUCACAAUUGCGUAAGAGAACUGAGAUCCCUUAUUCAUACGCAACAGCAAAAAUUGGGGGAACUCAAGGUGGAAAUUGGGGAUCAGAAUCUCACGAUAAAUGAACUGAAGCGAGAGCUGCAGUUGUUUAAGGACUUUAUGAGGGCGAUGCGGGUGUCAAAUCCAGUUGUACGUUCUAUUGCUGAUCAAAUGGAACGUGACGAAGUGGUUAGAUGGAGUAAUAGUUUGGCCAGAGCCCGAGUCACUCGCUGGGGUGGAAUGAUCUCAACGCCCGAUGAAGCACUACAGCUAAUGAUAAAGAGGGCCUUGUCAGAGUCCGGAUGUCCUCCGCACAUAAUCGAUGAUCUCAUGGAGAAUUGCCAUGAAAGGCGAUGGCCAAGGGGUUUGAGCUCCCUCGAGACACGACAAAACAAUCGUAGAAUCUAUGACAAUUAUGUCUGUCGAAGAAUUCCAGGAAAGCAAGCAGUUCUUGUUUUAAGUUGUGAUAACGCACACAUGGCCGAAGACGUGAUGGUGGAGCCCGGACUUGUGAUGAUUUUCGCACAUGGUAUUGAGUGAAAGAAAAAAAUAAUAAUAAUAUACUAAACAAAAAGCAGCGGACACCGAGGAGGAGUGGUCUGUGUUGAGUGACAAAAAGACAUGAAAUACUAUUUGACCCACAAAAAAAACAGCUUCUACAAAUUAUUUUGUUUUUUUCUGUGUGGUCUUCUCACUUCUUUUAAUUGUGUUUUUUUUUAAAGAAAAGUAGAAUUCCGCAGAAGAAAAUAUCAGAAAGAAAUGCCAUCUCCAUUUUUUUUGUGUAAAAUCCAUUGAAAUGCAUUCCUUUAUUUUUCUUUCAUAAUUAUAUAAUAUAUAAUAAUAGUAUUUCUUCACAUUUAAUCUAUAGGCUUAUUUUUUAAUUACGCUAAUUUUUCAGUUUUUUUUAUUUCCAUUUUUUUCAUUUUUUGUAUGUCAAUAUAAUUUUUCUUUUCUCAUUUUUUUUUGUUUUUUUUUCAAUACAAUAGUUUAAAAACGUAUAACAGAAGAAAAAAAGGAGGAGAAAACUUUGAUUUUCAAAAAGGUCAAUUGUAAAAAAUGAUUUUUAUUAUUAUUUUUUUAAUUUAGGACGAUAAUUUUUUUUUUACUUUAUAAGAGGGAAUAUAGAAUAAGUAAUAUAAAUCAAAAAAAUGCAACAAGAAUUAUGUUUUGUGAUUUUAACGUUUAAGUUCUUCACUUUCAUUUUUUUUUUAAUUAUUUUUGCUAAUAAAUUUAAUAAUGAAUAA